CGGAGAGAGCGGAGGAAAAUUAAAACUGGCACCCCACCGGAGGAAUGAAAACAACCUUCCCUUUCUCCUGGUGUGUGUGUGUGUCUUGACAGGGGGCAGCAAGAAAUGAAACUUAAUUGUCAUUGUCACAUGACAAAGGUUUGGAGACAGUUUAAUUUUCCCGUCCUUGUAAUUUUCAUUUACCAUCCCAGUCCCUUUAGCACAUGGAAUCCUUCACAGAUACUACUGUUCAUUGCUGUUCUGGAUGAGUGGAAGGUCACAGUAAUGAAAGGCAGCAAUAGGAAUAAAGAUCACUCAACAGACGGAGAAGGAACUGGAAAACGACCAAAGAGGAAGUGUCUUCAGUGGCAUCCACUACUUGCAAAGAAAAUUCUUGACUUUUCUGAAGAGGAGGAGGAGGAAGAAGACGAGGAAGAUAUUGAAAAGGUCCAGAUUCUGAGUGCUGAUGGUCUUGACCAUGACGCUGAUGAAACAGAAGAUGAGGAAUCUUCAGAACAGCGAGCUCGCAGACCAAUGAAUGCAUUCCUUUUGUUCUGCAAACGUCAUCGUUCCCUUGUCCGGCAAGAACAUCCUCGUCUGGACAAUCGUGGUGCUACCAAAAUAUUGGCAGAUUGGUGGUCUCUUCUUGAACCUAAAGAAAAACAAAAAUACACCGACAUGGCCAAGGAGUAUAAAGAUGCAUUUAUGAAAGCAAAUCCUGGCUACAAAUGGUGUCCACCUACAAACAAACCUGUGAAAACUCAGUCACCCACACUAACAAAUCGGAAAAAGCUUUGGGCUUUCCCAUCAGAAGCGACAAAAGAUUUACCUAGUCCAAAAAAGUUGAUGAAGACAGAAGAAACCCCUCAGCUGAAUUUUGCAAUGGCAGAUCCCACACAAAUGGGAGGCCUCAGCAUGCUACUGUUAGCAGGAGAACAUGCCUUGACUGCACAAGAAGUUUCUUCAAAUACAUGUCUUUCUGAUUCCCCUAAUUCUACUGAAGGAUGUCUAAACUCAACAAUGUUACAAUUUGCUGAGAUUUCUUCAAAUCUGUCAAAGGGAACUGUUCCUGAAAAUCCAAAAGAAAGUGGUGAAUCAACUCUACUUCAUUUCUCAGAGCUGAAGGGUCCUGAGCCAAUCAAGCACUAUAGAAAAUCAGCACUCUUCCAGUUGGCUGAGAUCUCAUCAAGUACAUCCCAUUCAGGUCCUUCUGAAUUAACAAAACAAUGUGGGACAUCAGCAUUGUUUCAGUUGGCAGAGAUGUGCCUUGCAUCUGAGGAAGUAAAAGUGAGAGAAUCUGGAAAGGCAAAACCUGAAACAGCCAGGAUUGUCAAAACACUGGAAGCAUCUGAACAGAUGAAAGUCGAAGAUCCGGAGAGAGCAAAAGUAAAAACAGAAAAAUCUCAGAAAAUGAAGGGACAAGAACAUGAAAAGACAAAGACUGGAGUUUUUGAGGAGGUGACAAGGUGUGUGCAUAUUUCAGAUCCAGCUUUGAACAGCAUUGCAUUAGCUGGACAUGACAGUGCAACAGCAAAAGAUCCUGCAUGCUGUUCCCAUGAGCUGACAUCAGUAGCUGACAUCAGCAUUUUAGGAUUAAACAAACCAGAAAAGCUGAAGAAGAAAAAGAAGAAAAAUAAAGUGGACCGACAAGGACUUGAGAAAUGUAAUCCUAAAAAGACUUGCAAAAAGAGGCAGUCUUCCGAAUCAGACAUUGAGAGUGUCAUUUAUACUAUUGAAGCAGUUGCAAAAGGGGACUGGGGGACAGAGAGACUUACAGAAAUGUCCCAUAAGAAAAUUCGCCUUUCUUCUGCAGUAAAGGGGAAUAUUUUGGACACAAAGUCGCCAAAGAAGAAAGUAAAAUCAAAAGAAAAAAGAUCACUGAAAGAAAAAUGUUUAGAGACCGCCAAAGAAUCAAAGCCUCCUGAUUUUUUUAGCAUUAAAGAUAACAAGGAUGUACCAUUUGAAGUAUCUGAAAACACAACAUCAGAUGUUCUAACCCCAACAGAGGAUAUAAUAUCACAGAGUUUACCAGAUCAAGUAAAAAUUGAAGACAAUGACUGUAAUAAAAAGGCAGAAAUUUGCGGCUCAAGAAAAUCUGAAAGAGCUUGCAAAGGUGCUCUGUACAAAACUCUGGUGUCAGAAGGCAUGCUUACAUCUCUGCGUUCCAAUGUUGACAGAGGAAAACGAAGCUCAGGGAAAGGUGGCAACUCUGAUCAGGAAGGAUGCUGGAAUGAAGAAACUUGGGCAUUUUCCUUAAGUGGGACAAGUGGGAACAAAAAGUUAAAAAGAAGCAAGCCAAAGGAAGACAUUGUUUUGGGCUUAGCAAAGCUGGAAGAAGAAUUUGAAAAAAAGUUCAACAGCCUUCCUCAAUUCAGUCCAAUCACAUUUGAUCGUAAAAAUGCCUCUCUACCAAGAAAAAAGAAAAAAGUUGGCAGUUGCACUGUAGUGUGGCGGNACCAAACAAAAUCUAACAAAGAGUUUGUGGUAAUACAAGAACCACUGGUUGGAAGUCAGAAGAGAAAAGCAAGGAAAACCAAGAUCACACAUCUUGUUCGAACAGCAGAUGGUCGAGUUUCACCAGCAGAGCAAGAUCUGGAAGAAAAACCAAAAGGGCAUCUGCAGAAUACUCUUCAGAGAACAUUAAAUACAGGGAUGGAGUGCAGUAAAGAAUCCUUGCUAAACAACGAUCUGGCAGAAAGUCAUAGUAUGACAUCAGACAUGCCAUCUGUAUCUGCAUUCUUCAGUCUAGCUGCCUUAGCAGAGGUAGCAGCAAUGGAAAAUGUGCACAGGAAUCAGAGAACAGCACCUCUUCCCUGUGAUGGACAGCCAAAAGAAAUGUCUCAGGCUCCAGUGCUUAUUUCCUGUGCUGACCAGUGAAGCUCUACCCUUUUGUAAAACAUUGUGCUUUACCUAAUAUUCUAGCCUUGUCUUUACCAAUGGAUGGUAGUCAGUCCGCAUGAUGGAGGAACUCAUAGACUGAAAAUGAGUGGUUCAUGUUCAGUGUGGCACAGAUUUCACUUGUAGCUUGGGCCAGGUCCCUUUAGCUUGAGCCUAAAAUGUACUAUGAGAGUGAUGUUAUUUCUCUGUUAUGGAACAGAAAUGAAAUAUCCUGGAGCUUUGCUUUCUAGUGAACGUUUUUAAAGUGGUAAAUUCACGGUUACAUGGAGAAGGCAAACUUUACUGUAGCUCAUACAGCACCUGUUCUGUCAAAAGUAAUUCAUAUGAAGUCUAGCUAAUUUAAAUAAAA